AUGGUCAAAUUCAACAAGGAAGAAUUCGAACUUCUUCUCACCCGAAGAGAAAACAUUAGAAAUUUGAGCAUUAUCGCUCACGUCGAUCACGGAAAAUCCACUCUCACCGAUCAAUUAGCUUCUGCUGCUGGUUACAUUGAUGAAGAAUCCGCAGGUGAAAAGAGAGUUUUGGAUGUCGACAAGAAUGAAAUUGAAAAGGGCAUUACCAUCAAAUCGACAAGUUUAUCCAUGGUUCUGAAUGAUCCUGUGAAUGAGAAUCAACAAAUUCUUGUCAAUUUAAUUGAUAGUCCAGGUCACAUUGAUUUCAACUCUGAAGUGACAGCUGCUUUGAGAGUGACGGACGGAGCCAUUCUCGUGGUGGACUCUGCGGAAGGCUGUCGAGGUCAAACAGAAACUGUCAUGCGUCAAGCUCUCCAAGAAAAGAUUAAACCAGUCUUGGUGAUUAACAAGGUCGAUCGUGUCAUUGAAGAAUUGCAAUUCACUCCAGAAGAAGCUUAUCAAAGUUUCCAAAGAAUUAUUGAAUCUGUCAAUGUACUCAUUUCCACUUAUGGUGUGGAAGAUGAUUUAUUCAAGAAUCUCCAGAUGGACCCAACUCUUGGAAACGUUGCUUUUGGAAGUGGUAAAAUGGGUUGGGCAUUCACCAUUCCUCAAUUUGCUGAACUCUAUAGUAAGAAAUUCCAAACCAGUCCUCAAAAGAUUGCUCGCAAAUUAUGGGGUGAACAUUACUAUGAUCACGAUGCCAAGAAAUGGUCCACAGAACCCUACUCCAAACGAACUGGAAAGAAAUUGAAACCUUCCUUUUGUGAAUUUAUUUUGGAGCCCAUUUUCCAAAUCUUUAAACUUGUGAAGGAACGAAAUGUGUCGUCUUCGGCAUCAGGGACCUUAGCAGCAUCGACAGAAGAUUCACAUGCUCUUUCUGAACCACUCUCCAACAUGAUUCAAAAACUCUCCAUUUCCCUCACCAAAGACGACCGUAAGAAGGAUAAUAAGAAUUUAUUAAGGACCAUUAUGAGAAAAUUCCUUCCAGCAUCGAAAUGUCUCAUUCAAAUGAUCAUUCAACACUUACCUUCUCCAAUUCAAGCUCAGAAAUAUCGAUACUCUCUUCUCUAUACUGGAGAUUUGAAUGAUUCAAAUGCACUGGCCAUUCGUGAUUGUGAUCCCAAUGGUCCUCUCAUUCUCUAUGUGAGUAAGAUGAUACCCAUGCACUCCAAUACGAGUGCCUCUUCCAUUUCCAAUCAGGUGGGUCGUUUCAUUGCUUUCUGUCGAGUCUUUUCUGGAACUGUGAAACAAUCGAGUUGUGUGAGAAUUUUAGGACCUGCCUAUGAAGGUCCUCUCUCCAAGAAGGACAUCUUCAAUGCUCAUGUUCAACGUGUCUUGAUCAUGCUCGGUAAAAACACUGAAAGUCUCUCGCAAAUGAGUUGUGGCUCGACGUGUGGACUCGCUGGUCUCGACAAGUUUAUUGUGAAAACAUGUACCUGUGUCGAUGAAGAUAAUUUAGAAUGUAUGCCAAUCCGAAAUAUGAAACACAGUGUGAGUCCUGUCGUUCAGAUGGGUGUGGAACCUGUGAAUCCUGCUGACAUGCCCAAAUUUGUGGAUGCCAUCAAAAAGUUAGUGAAAAGUGAUCCCUUAUUGGAAUGUCGAACCAACUCUGCUGGUCAAUACAUUCUUGCAGCAGCUGGUGAAUUGCAUUUAGAAAUUUGUAUGAAGAAUUUAGAAGAAGAAUAUGGAAAAGGUAUUCCAAUCAAACAGAGUCAACCUGUGGUGAGUUUCAUGGAGACUGUGACCACUGAAUGUGAACCAUGUUUUGCAAAGAGUCCAAACAAACACAACAAGUUAUGGAUCCAUGCUGAACCAAUGAGUGAAGAACUUGUUUCAUUGAUUGAGGAGGGUGAAUUUGUCAAACAAGAUGUCAACAAGAGAGCAAAAACUUUGGAACAAGACUUUCAAUGGGAUCCAGCCAUCACCAAGAAGAUUUGGUCUUUCGGUCCCAAUGAUAAGGGUCCUAACAUGUUGGUGAAUGCCUCUCACUCGGUCGAGUACAUGAAUGAAAUUCAAGAUUUUGUCAUUUCCACUUUCCAACAAACUUCCAUGAGAGGAGCUUUAUGUGAUGAACCAUUGAGAGGAGUUGUAUUCAAAGUCGAUGAUGCUGAACUACACCCAGAUUCCAAUCAUAGAAAUGCAGGACAAGUCGGUGAAGCUUCUCUAAGAUCCAUGUUAGCCUCUCAAUUGAGAGCUUGUCCUAAAUUAGUAGAACCCAUCUAUUCGGUGGAAAUUCAAUGUCCGAAUCCAGUCAUGGGUGCAAUAUACAGUGUGGUGAAUCAUCGGAGAGGUACGAUCAAAUCGACCGAUGUGAUUCAUGGAACUCCUUUAUUGAAUAUUGUGUGUCAUUUGCCAGUGUUGGAGAGUUUUGGUUUGACACAAGAAUUGCAUGGACUCACGAGUGGUCAAGCUCAAGCCCAAUGUAAUUUCAGCCAUUGGAGUAUUAUGAAAGAUGACAUUUAUGACACGACUUUGGAGGUGAAUAAGAUUAUCAAAGCCAUUCGUCGAAGAAAGGGACUUAAGGAAGAAAUUCCCUUAUACACUGAUUUCAGCGAUUCACAGAGAUGA